UCGACCUAUGUGGCCACCCUGUCAAAGACCGGAAAAGAAGACAAAGGGAAAGUGUCUGUUGCCGAAGACAGAAGUGUCAACCAUUUUCCUUACCAAUUUCAAAAUAAACUAUUGCUCUAAUACUAAUAAUUAUUGAGGGAGGAAGAACAAAAGCGAAAAAGCAAGCAAGAAGAAGAUGGGAAUAGCAGUUGUGGGGAUGGAUUCGCUAAGCGAGAGAGCAGCGAUGAUGAGAGAGGCUCUGCUAAAGAGCCAGACCAUUACAGACAACGUGGUCUCCAUUCUUGGUUCUUUCGACAGCCGCCUCUCUGCCCUCGAGACUGCCAUGCGUCCCACUCAGAUUAGAACUCAUGCUAUAAGAAAAGCUCAUGAGAAUAUAGACAAGACUUUGAAGUCUGCUGAAGUUAUUUUGGCACAAUUUGAUCUCUCUCGUCAGGCCGAGGCUAAAAUACUUAAGGGACCGCAUGAGGACCUAGAAGGUUACCUAGGAGCAAUUGAUCAGCUAAGAAACAACAUUCGCUUUUUUAGCAGCAGCAAGAACUUUAGGAAUAGCGAUGGGGUGCUUAACCAAGCUAACACUUUACUUGAUAAAGCUAUUUCAAAGCUAGAGGACGAGUAUAAGCAGCUUUUAAAUUCUUACAGCAAACCUAUUGAGCCUGAUCGUCUCUUUGAUGGCCUUCCAAAUGCACUACGUCCGUCAUCAGGAUCACCUGGAAACCAAGGUGAUGCUGGUGGCAAGAGUACAUCCCAUAACCAUUCUGAGCUUGAAAAAAGUGAGCUGGAAACUGCUGUCUAUACUCCUCCUACACUUAUACCUCCACGGAUUAUGCCAUUACUGCAUGAUUUGGCCCAGCAAAUGGUUCGAGCUGGUCAUCAGCAGCAGUUACUCAGAAUUUACAAAGAAACCCGUUCUUUGGUUCUGGAAGAAAGUCUCCGCAAAUUGGGAGUUGAAAAACUUAGCAAAGAUGAUGUCCAGAAGAUGCAAUGGGAGGUUUUGGAGGCAAAGAUUGGCAAUUGGAUUCACUUUAUGCGUAUUGCUGUCAAACUGCUAUUUGCUGGAGAACGAAAAGUUUGUGAUCAAAUGUUUGAAGGCUUUGAUUCUCUUAGUGAUCAAUGUUUUGCUGAAGUUACUGCGAGUAGUGUUUCAGUUCUACUUAGUUUUGGUGAGGCGAUUGCAAAAAGCAAAAGAUCACCAGAAAAAUUGUUUGUACUUUUAGACAUGUACGAGAUAAUGAGAGAGCUUCACCCUGAGAUCGAAACAAUUUUCAAAGGUAAAGCAUGCACCGAGAUCAGAGAAUCUGCAUUCGGCUUAACAAAGCGGCUUGCCCAGACAGCUCAAGAGACCUUUGGUGAUUUUGAAGAAGCAGUUGAAAAAGAUGCAACAAAAACUGCAGUGCUGGAUGGAACUGUCCAUCCUUUGACCAGCUAUGUGAUUAAUUAUGUAAAGUUUUUGUUCGACUACCAAUCAACAUUGAAGCAACUUUUCCAGGAAUUUGAAAAUGCUGAUGGUACAAAUUCUCAAUUGGCUUCUGUAACAAUGAGAAUUAUGCAGGCUCUUCAAACAAAUUUGGAUGGAAAAUCCAAGCAGUAUAAAGAUCAGGCCUUGACCCACUUAUUUCUCAUGAAUAAUAUUCACUAUAUGGUGAGAUCUGUGCGCAGAUCUGAAGCCAAAGACCUGUUAGGGGAUGAUUGGGUGCAAAGACACAGGAGGAUUGUGCAGCAGCAUGCAAAUCAAUACAAAAGGAAUGCUUGGCAAAAGAUCCUGCAGUGUCUCUCUAUACAAGGACUGACCUCAUCUGGAGGUGGUAGUGCAGUAGGUGGUGAUGGAGGCAACAGCAGUGGUGUUUCCAGAGCACUGGUUAAAGACAGGUUCAAGAUUUUCAAUAUGCAGUUUGAGGAGCUUCAUCAAAGGCAAUCUCAAUGGACAGUGCCCGACACAGAGUUGAGGGAGUCCCUGAGGCUUGCAGUUGCUGAAGUGUUGUUGCCAGCCUAUAGAUCAUUUCUAAAACGCUAUGGACCUCUAGUUGAGAGUGGGAAAAAUCCUCAGAAGUACAUCAAGUAUUCAGUAGAGGACCUUGAACGAAUGUUGGGAGAAUUCUUCGAGGGCAAGAAUUUAAGUGAACCAAAGCGAUAGUUUUGAUAAUGCUUGUUUCUGAUAGGAAAGCCGAUGAGUUGUCUGCUUUUCCAGUAGUCCAUAUUGUAUAUCAUUGCUAGAAUCGUUCUGGUGGAUGGUUCUGUUUAGUAGUACUAUGAAGGAAGAUUAUUUUUAUCUUUGAGUUGCUAAAAGAUUUGUGAGGAAAUAAGCAAAAAAGAAAAGAAAAUAGAUGUUGGUGUGUGCAUGGGCCAUGCAAAACUGAGAAUAAGAGCGUCUAAAUUCCUUUGUACAAUGCGGUGGCCUGGUUGCGUAUUGAGUGUAUAUUUGUAAUCUAAAAAUCAGGUAACUAUUCUACUUGGGCAUUUUCCCAUUUCUUUU